AUGGGCUUUCUGCAGUUGCGGAGCCUGGGCUUAGUGGCUCCACAGCCUGUAGGACCUUCCCGGACCAGGGAUGGAACCUGCGUCCCCUGCAUUGGUUUCAUGGACCGAGUUGCUGGAUACAGCCCAUUUCCAGGCUGGAACACCCUCAGAGGCCCUCGCCUGCUCCAUGAGUGUGCACUGAGUGGACGGCUGCCCGCCCGCCCACCCAGGGAAAGGCGUAUUUCCCACAAAGGAGAGAGAGAAAGCGCUGCCCGCCCCUCCUGCAGCCCCCCGCCUGCCUCAUCUCUCGGGUCUCCCCUCCGUCCUUCCUCCCCGGUUAGCCCAGGCCAGCAGUGCCGCCAUCCUGGGCCCAGCGCCAGCCGCCAGCCGGCCUCGCUCCCACCGCGGCCCUUCCAGCUGAGGUGGGCGCUCAGCCCUGGGCACACUGGGAAAGGCUGCGGCCCUCAGUACCCCCGCCCCUGCUCCCCCACCCUCCCCAGUUCAGCCCAGGCUCCUCCUGUGUGCCAGGCCCGGCUGGAAGGAGUCCCCCACUCUACAGACGGAGUGUCCUGUCAGCUCAGCCCACUGCAGGCUUCCUCGGGCAGGGAGCGGAGUGUCCCCGUGUGGGCCUGGCCGGGAUGCAGGUGGUUUCUCUUCCAGUGCCCCCACCUGUCAGCAUGA